ACACACACACACACACACACACAGGCAGCCGGUGUUUGUGUUGACGGAGGCGCCGCUCGUGCAUUGAAGAGGAACCUCGUCAUAAUAUUACAGAGAGUUGCUGGUCCUUCUUAUCUGGAGAUAUAAUUGUCUAGAGGGAACCAUUCAGAAAUGUGGAUGAGUACAUUUGCACGUCUCGCCCUGCCUGCCCUGCAGAGGAGCACCUCUGCCAUGGCCUGCCAGGCUCUGAGGGCUAUUGGUAGACCAGGAUGGGCUGCAGGUCCACUACCCUCUUGUCUGGCCUUAGUGCAGCUUCGUGGGCACCAGACACUUGGGUCUGCCUCCCUCCCUCUUGCUCACCACUCAGUGAGGCAUGUCCGGGCUCUGAAUGAGGAGAGGAUGGUGGAGGUGGAGUGGGAGGAUGGAGGCAGCAGUCUGUACCCAUUCACAUGGCUGAGAGACAACUGCCAGUGUCCACUGUGUACCCUGCAGUCUGCUCAGGCCCGGAAACUGUUGACGGUUGAUCUUGAUAUCCACACAGGAAUCGAUGCUGUGGAGGUCAACAAAGACAACAAGGUGUCCAUUGUGUGGCCCGACCAGCACACCAGUGUGUUUGACGCAGACUGGCUAAAGAGACGCUGCUUCUCUCCUGCUGCCAGACAAGCAUUGAAAGAAGAGCUUUUCCUUACCGAGCGUUAUUACUGGGAUUCCAAACUGCGCUUACCCACGGCCGACUUCCAGGAAGUCCUCCACGACGAUAAGGCGGCGCUGGCCUGGUUCCUGGCGUUGCGUCGCGUUGGCAUCGCGUACCUGAAGGGGGCUCCGACAGAGCGAGGCCAAGUGGCCAGACUCGGUGAGAGGAUUGGCUAUCUCAGGCUGACAUAUUACGGGAACACAUGGCAAGUCCAGGACAAAUUCAUGGCGAACAAUGUAGCCUACACCACAGGACGGCUCAGUCUCCAUACAGACUACCCUGCACUACACUACUCACCUGGAGUGCAGGUCCUGCACUGCAUCAGCCAGGCUGAGGAGGGAGGGGAGAGCGAGGCAGUGGAUGGCUUCCACAUGGCCGAGCAGCUGAAGAAAGAAGACCCAGAGGCCUUCAGGACACUCACUUCGCUCUACGUAGACUUCACCGACCAGGGGGUCGACUACUGCGACUUCCUGCUGCAUUCCAAGAAACGCAUCAUCGACAUUGAUGCAGAGGGCCAAGUUGUCAGGAUAAACUGCAACAACGCCACCAGAGAUUCAGUGCUGGACCUCCCAUUACAUCAGGUUCAGCCCUUCUACAGAGCGCUGAAGGCUUUUGAGAGUAUUUUGAGCCGACCGGAGAACGUGGUCACAUACAGGAUGGAGCCAGGCGACAUUGCGACCUUUGAUAACUGGCGUCUGCUGCAUGGGCGGAAGAAGUACGUCAGCAAUCCAAACAUGACGCGACACCUCGAGGGCGCCUACCUGGACUGGGACGAAGUCAUGUCUCGUCUCCGGUUACUCCGCAACUCCGUGCAGGGGAACAUUUGAGGUGUGGAAAUGCAGCCAAAUUUAUUAAAAAAAAGGUGUCUUCACAGCCUUUGCAGGGAAUCUAAACAGCUUUAAACUGCCAGUUGAGCUAAAUGUUGCUUCUUAAAUGUUCUGGGCAGAGGGCAAUGACAUUAAACUAUCUGACAACAGAAAAGCUAAAUUUUCAGCUCUGAACUAGCCGAGCAUCAAAUCAUAAAUUGCUGAGGAUGCUUCCCAAAAUCUGCAGUUUAAAUUAUGUCUUUUCAAACGUGCAGCAUGGUGCAACAAUGCAAUGCAAAAAUAAUGAAUACCUUGCUUUUGGAUUCAGUCAUAGUGACAAAUAAGUUUUAUAAACUUAAACUUAAGAAGUUUUAUACAUUUUCCUACAUUAUGUGUGAAUUGAUAUUUUUUUUAAAGAUCAUUUCCAGUUCUCUGGUUAAAUAUUUGACAUACAGCCUGGCUGCCUUAAAAAACUUUUUUUUAAAAAUCACUCCCUGUUCACAAUAAAACUCACUCCAACCAGUAAUUCAGGAAAUAUCAACUAACUUAACAGUUCACCACUUUAUCUCUGCUAGUUUCUUUCUACCUCUCCUGUUCAGUCCUGUGUCUACACAAAGGGUGGACUCUGAAUGAAAAUGUCGAAGUCUGAAUUAAAAAUUGCCUUAAGCUAACAGUACAGUACAGCUGUACUACAAGUGGCAGUGUGAAGUAUCUGCAGUUGUAAAUUUAAAAGGACGGCUCAAGCAAAUUACAAAGAUGUAUGCACUUUCCACUUUAACCUUAGACAGAAUUUUUCGGUUUUAUUUGCUGAUAUGAGGUACUCAGCUCUGUUGUUGUGCAGUAAAAAAAACAUGCAUUUCAAGAUUUUUUAAAUUGUUUUUUGAACUAAUUGAAGAAUUAAACUCUCUUCGACAUAAAUAAACCAUGCAAAUUCCGUUGGUUUAUCUGAAAAAUAUAGUCAUUAAGCUGAAAACUAAGGAGCCCUUUAAGGGUCAAAGCUCUGUUGAAAACCAGCCUAAAUCUAAAAAAAUAAAAAUAAUAAAGACGACAAUACACAUUUAAAAUACCUGAAUGUGAUUGGUGGUGCACAAAAUAAAUUUUCAUUCACCCUAAAAGUUUCAGACGAAGGUAUCCUGAAGAUCCAAGAUUCAAAACUUUCUGUAUGGUAACCAGGGUGAAGUGACAAAACAAUUUUUGUAAUAUGAAUAAACUAUGGAAGCCCAUUUCCACCAGUGUUUGUGAAAAAAACAAAACACAAACCUGUAAGUCAUUAGAAUCACCAACUUUCUAAAACUAAUGACAACUUAUUAGGGGUGUCGUGAUAUAACGGUAUGGACAGUUACUGUAAAAAUGAAAUAUGAUUAUUGAAUUUUCUGCCUUUUUUGGGCAAAUUAAUUGCAAAGUAAAUGACAGAUGUUUUUUUGGAUCGCAAAAUAAUUUGGUAUCCAAGCAUAAUGAGAAACUUGUUUAAAUUGAGUAAUUUUGCCAAAGUUUGUCAUUAUUUUGCAAAGCUAACUUAUUUCUUUUUUUUUUAGACAAAUUGUUUUGUAUCCAUUAUUGGCAGAAAUGUGCUUCCAUAGUAAACUGAUCCUUCAAUUUACCUAUACACUGUUUUAAUGUUAUUAAACAGCACAAUGUGCUCGUGAUUCCAAUACGGACAGUGUGUGAUUGAUUUAUUCUGCUUUCCUUUGAAAAAUAAUCUGCAUCUCCUUUCUUCUUUAUCUUCUUCA